AUGUCGUCGACGUCUAAAUCCAAGUCGCGCGUGCGCCUCUCGCGGCUCCUCUCAUACGCGGGGUGCAUCCGGCCCCGCGCAGACGAGAGCGAGCUGGUCGGAGAGAAGGGCUUUCAGCGCCACGUGUACUGCAACGAGCCGCAUCACCACGUGGAGAAAGGCAGUCCGCUUCGUUAUUGUAACAACUCAAUUUCCACCACUAAAUACUCGAUACUGUCCUUCCUCCCCAAGGCGCUAUUCGAGCAGUUCCGCCGCGUCGCCAAUCUCUACUUCCUGCUCUGCGCCAUCCUCGCGCUCACGCCGUUAACGCCGUACGCGCCGUACAGUCUGAUCGCGCCGCUCGUGCUGGUGGUGGGCGUGAGCAUGAUCAAAGAGGCCAUCGAAGACUGGCGCCGAUAUCUUGCCGACGACGAGGUGAACAAGCGCAAGGUUCUGCGCCAUGUGGGCGAGGGGCGGUUCGAGCCGUGCGAGUGGAAGGCGGUGCGCGUGGGCGACGUAGUUAAAGUGCUCAAGGACGAGUUCUUCCCCGCCGACCUCCUAAUGCUCGCCUCCAGCUACCCGGACGGCGUGUGCUACGUCGAAACAAUGAAUCUGGACGGCGAGACGAAUCUUAAACUGCGUAAGGCGCUCGAGCGCACGCUGCCGCUCGAGGACCCCGAGGCGCUGGCGAAAUUCACGGCGGAGAUUAAGUGCGAGGACCCGAACCCGAGUUUGUACACGUUUGUAGGGAAUCUAGAGUGGGACGGCGAGGCGACGUCGCUGACCGCGGCGCAGGUGCUGCUGCGCGACUCGAAGCUGCGCAACACGGCGUGGGUGGUAGGGGUGGUUAUUUUUACCGGCCACGACAGCAAAGUCAUGAUGAACUCGACCGCGGCGCCGUCGAAGCGCAGCUCGAUCGAACGGCGCAUGGAUAAGAUCAUCUACUUCCUCUUCGCCUGCCUGCUGCUGAUGGCGAUCGUGGGGAGUAUCAUUUUCGGCAUACGCACCAAGAAUCAGAUGCCGUCCUGGUGGUACCUCGCGCCGACCGACACUAACGCGUACUAUGACCCCGCGAAACCCGCCACGUCGUCCGUGCUGCAGUGCCUGACGGCGAUCAUCCUGUACGGUUACCUCAUCCCUAUUUCGCUAUACGUGUCGAUCGAGAUCGUUAAGAUCUUCCAGGCGUGGUUCAUUAGCGCCGAUCGCGGGAUGUACUUCGCGGAAACGGACAUGCCGGCGCGCGCGCGCACGAGUAAUUUGAACGAGGAGCUAGGGCAAGUGGAUACGGUGCUAAGCGACAAAACGGGCACGCUGACGUGUAACCAGAUGGAUUUCCUCAAGUGCUCCAUUGCCGGCGUCGCGUACGGCCGCGGGAUUACCGAGGUCGAGCGCGCCACGGCGCGGCGGCUCGGGCGCGAUCUGAGCGAGCUGGAGGAUUACGACGAGGAGGAGGAGCGCGCCGCGGCGGAGGCGGCGGCGAACGGGACGGCGAAGCCGGGGGUUAAGGGGUUCGCGCUGCGGGAUAAUAGGCUCCUGGACGGCGCGUGGCUGCGCGAGCCGCACCGCGAGGAGAUCCGCGCGUUCCUGCGCGUGCUGGCCGUGUGCCACACCGUCAUUCCCGAGGUGGACGAAGCUUCCGGGCAGGUGGAGUACGAGGCGGAGUCGCCGGACGAGGCGGCGUUCGUGGAGGCGGCGCGGCAGAUGGGCGUGGCGUUCUUCAAGCGCACGCAGACGACCGUUUGGGUGCGCGAGCCGGACGAGACAGGGCAGAACACUGUUGACAGGGGAGUCAUCCCUCCCCUCAUCAUCUCUCCCCUCAUCAUCCCUCCCCUCAUCAUCCCUCCCCUCAUCAUCCCUCUCCUCAUCAUCCUUCCCCCUCAUGGGACUGGGAGAGAAUAUGCGAUCCUGGCAGUGACCGCUCAUUGCGGAUUGUUGUACCCAUUCACAUCCAACAGGGAGUACACGAUCCUGGCACUGAUAGAGUUCAACUCCACCCGCAAGCGCAUGUCAGUGGUGGUCCGAGACCCCUCCAACCGCAUCCUCCUCAUGACCAAGGGCGCCGACUCCGUCAUAUACGAGCGCCUAGCGCCCACCGGGCGGCAGCAUUUGGAAGCUACCCGGGCCACGCUGCACCGGUACGGUGAGGCAGGGCUGCGGACGCUGGCGCUGGCGUACAGGGAGUUGAGUGAGGAGGAGUGCGGGGAGUGGCUGGAGCGGUUUGAAGGGGCGCGGAGGAGUCUGAGUGCGGAGAGGGAGGCGCUGGUGGAUGCUGCUGCGGAGGAGAUUGAACAGGGGCUGACGCUGCUGGGGGCCACUGCUGUGGAGGAUAAGCUUCAGCAAGGGGUGAGUUGGGUGGGGUUGGGAAGGGUGAGCGUCGCUCCCCUCAAGCCACCUUGUGCCCCUCAUCCCUCCCCCCCGCACCCUGCUCGUCCCCCUUGUUCGUCCCUUCCCCCCUUUCCCCCACCCCCUCGGCCUGCUCCCCCACCACUCUGCUCAUCCUCCAAUCUGGGUGUUCUCUUCUCACAUUCCCCUCCUCAGGUACGGGAGGCAAUUGACCGGCUGACACAGGCAGGCAUCAAGAUCUGGGUACCGGAGGCAAUAGACCGGCUGGCACAGGCGGGCAUCAAGAUCUGGGUGCUCACAGGAGACAAGCUGGAGACGGCCAUCAACAUCGGCUUCGCGUGCUCGUUGCUGCGGGACGACAUGAAGCAGAUCGUGGUGUCGCUCGACUCGCCUGACAUUCGCAAGCUCGAGGACACUGGGGACAAGGAAAAACUCGCUGCUGCUUCACUCGUGAGUGGAGUGGAGGAUAGGAAGCAAUGGGACAGGGUGAAGCGUCUGUUACACGACGGCGCUGCUCUCAUCGACCGUGCCCGAGAAGGGGGCGCUCCUGCUGCAGGGGGGAAUGCCAAUGGUGGGGACUCUAUCAGCAAUGGCAAUGGCGACGGGGGAGAGGGUGACGGGGAUGGCGACGACGAGGGAGAGGGGCCGGCGCGAGUGUUUGCGCUGGUGAUAGACGGCAAAUCGCUGGCGUUUGCGUUGGAGCCAGAACUGAGGGCGGCGCUGCUGGCGCUCGCUAUGCAGUGCGCGUCCGUGGUGUGCUGCCGAGUGUCGCCCAAGCAAAAGGCACUGGUGACGCGGCUGGUGAAGGACGGUACGGGGCGCACGACACUGGGCAUUGGGGAUGGGGCGAACGAUGUGGGCAUGAUUCAUGAGGCGGACAUUGGUGUUGGCAUCAGCGGCGUUGAGGGACAGCAGUCACUCAACCACCCUCCCCUCUUCACGCCACCUACUCCCGCUCAUCUCUCCCUCUGGCAGGCGGUGAUUGCGAGGGACCUUGCAAUAGCACAGUUCAAAUACCUGGAGCGACUGCUGCUCGUACUUGCCCUUCCUCCCUGCCCUCUCCCCGCUCUCCUGCCCCCUCACAACCCCCCCGCCACCCUCCCCUCUCCCUCCCCCCCAUGGCAGGCGGUGAUGGCGAGUGACUUUGCCAUAGCACAGUUCAAGUACCUGGAGCGACUGUUGCUCGUGCACGGCCACUGGAGUUACAAGCGCAUCGCCAACGCCGUCACCUUUGUCUUCUACAGGAACGUCACAUACUUUUUCUACAAGAACGUGGCGUUCGGCCUCACCAUCUUCUAUUACAACGCGUACGCGGUGUUUUCCGGGCAGAUCGUGUACAACAGCUGGGCGUGCUCGCUCUACAACGUCUUCUUCACCUCGCUGCCCGUCAUCGGCUACGGUGUGCUGGAGCAGGACCUCUCCGACAAACAGCUGCUCAUGGUGAGUGAAGGCUGUGUGGGGCGGUAUGGGGCGGGGUGGAGCUGUGUGGGGCCAUGUGGGUCGAACAGGUGCUCAUGUUCCCAGCGCUGUACCAGCAGGGACCCAAGAACGUGUUUUUUCCACUGGACCACCAUCGCCAUGUGGAUAUUCUACGGCUUCGCCCAGUCCGUCCUCCUUUUCUGGUCCUGCCUCGCCGCCGUGCUGCCCCAGGCGUCCCUCCCCUCCGGCAAGCUCUUUGAAAUGAACGGGCUCAGCGCGACUCUCAUGACGGGCGUGGUGGUGGCAGUGAAUUUCCAGAUCGCACUCAUAACGGAGCACUGGACCUGGAUCACGCACCUCUUCAUCUGGGGUAGCAUCGGCGUCUGGUACCUCUUUCUCGGGGUGUACUCGUAUUUCGGCCCAGAUUGGUCCACGGAUUAUUACUACAUUUUCUCCGAGGUGCUCGCUCCGAGCGCGCUCUACUGGCUCACCGGGCUCCUGCUGCUACCAGUGAUGGCCGUGCUGCCGUACUUUGUGUUCCGCGGGGUGGAGUCGCGGAUAGCACCCCCGGACCAGCAGAUCGUGCAGGAGAUUGUGAGAUUGAAGCAGGACGAGGAGGCUGCCAAGGCGGCUGUGGCGCCGCCGCUGGCGCCGGUGGGGUUCACGGCGGCUGUUGAGGCGGUGAGCAAGCGGUUGAAGAAGGUGGAGAAGAAGCGGCGGAGACGAGGGGAGAAGUGA